AUGGCUAAAGAGCAGCUGACGAAGAAGCUCCUGCCGCAGCUUCUGCGCUUCGUCACCGAAGACCAGCGCGCCCUGCAGGACGCAGGAGAGCUGUUGUCGUUCUUCGUGCAGCGGCACUUUCCUGAGAACAAGCAGCUGGCAGAGCUGGCUAAGAAGCCCUCCCCUGGCCAGCUCUUCAAGCAGCUGCUUGGAGCCCUUGAGCAAGAACUCAGCAAGGAGGAGAAAGACUCGGAGGAGGAGAAGGAGGAAAAAGAUCGCGGUGAUAGAGGCAGAGAGCGCAGCCGCGAUGCAAGCUUGGACAAGGAAAAGAGAUUCAGAGACGAUAGAGACGGCCGCUACCGAGAUGACCGCGACCAUGGUCGCGAGCGCCGGGAUGCCCGCGACCCCCGGGAUGCCCGGGACGCCCGCGACCGGGACGGCCGGGACGGCCGGGAUGGCCGGGAUGGCCGGGAUGGCCGGGAUCGGGAUGGUCGUGACGGCCGUCGCGACGAUCGAAGGGAUGAUCGUCGGCAUGAUGACCGACGCGACCGCGGAGGUGGAGGCGGAGGCGGUCGGCCCGGUGACCGGCCUGGCGACCGGCGAGAGCCCAGGCGUGCAGGAGGAGGAGGAGGACAUCAUGAUCGGCCUCGGCAGGAUCGGCGCGACGAUGGCGGCUACCGAGAUCGCCGUGACGGGAAGGGUGGCAAAGGCGGCGGCCGAGGCCGCAGCCGGAGCCGCCGGUGA